AUGUACAGAGAUCGAGGCAGAGGGAGCUCGGCAAAGGGCGGGGAGAUGCUCGACUGGAAGCUAAUUAACGACCCGCUGGACAAACACGUGGAGAAAUCGUCUCCGUCAGCCUGCAGAAACAAGGCUUCCGCCGUCACCGUGCCGUCCACAUCAGCCGCCGCCGGGAAGCAUAUUGAUCCCCGGGACAGUCGCUUUUUGUCCACACUCAGCUCUACCAAGAACAAGCUUUCCAAGGAGGAAUCUGAAUCAGAGAGUGAAGAUUCAGAUGUCAGUGGCUCUGAUGGAGAUGAUACAUCUUGGGUUACUUGGUUUUGCAACUUGCGUGGGAAUGAGUUCUUUUGUGAAGUUGAUGACGAGUAUAUUCAAGAUGAUUUCAAUCUGUGUGGUUUGAGCAGUCAGGUGCCGUAUUAUGAUUACGCGCUUGACCUAAUUCUGGAUGUAGAGUCAUCUCAUGGUGAUAUGUUUACUGAGGAACAGAACGAAUUGGUUGAAUCAGCUGGAGAAAUGCUCUAUGGCCUUAUUCAUGUCCGGUUCAUUUUGACUAGCAAGGGGAUGGCGGCAAUGUUAGAGAAGUACAAAAACUAUGACUUUGGAAGAUGCCCCAGAGUUUACUGCUGUGGACAGCCUUGCCUUCCACCGCAAAGUGAUAAAACCUCGACCCCGAACACGGGACGGGGGUCCCGGUUUGCAUUGUUGGAGCGGGAGGAGCCGAGGGACUCGGCUACAACAUUCAAAUUUGGUGCUUCUAGGGCGGUGUCUAAUAAGGCGACGUCCUUGCUACCCGCUCAAGGUGCGGGCGAUCCAGGUGAACGGGAAUGGCGUGUUGUAUCAAGGCGCGGAACCCGACCUAGCAAAAACUCUUUGGGACAGGCUACGGCGAGCAACGCGAGCAACGUGGUUAUCAGGGGCGAGCCCGUGAUUCAGGCUGAUAAAGGGAAGCAGGUGGCCUACCACUAG